AUGCCCGAGGGAAAGGAGGGAGCGGAGGGAUCAGAAAAAAGAGUGAGAGCUGUAGCAGUGGGAAGCUGUCAGAAACCACCAGGUAAAGCCAAGGCUGCAGCAGCAGGAGGUGCAGGGGAGGGCGAUACAGGGGAGGGUGGUGGAGAGGCAGGUGCUGUGGUAGGAAGCAGGCGGAGGCGCUUGAGGCGAGUGUUCUGCAUGGAUGCCCCCUCUGUGGCCCACGGCUGGUGCAGCGACGGGGAGGACGUGGGGGCAGAGACAGACGACGGCCUGUCUGAGGUCGACGAGGAUGGGGAGGGCGGGGAUGGUGGUACUGCUGCUGGUAAGUGUCUGGGAUCUGGCCAAAACAGCCAUCGUCCCAACCAUCGUCCCAACCAUCACCCGCAGCAGCAGCAGCAGCAGCAGCAGCAGCAGCAGCAGAAGGAUGUCGGUGCGGUAAAUCAUCCCACUGGUUGUGCAAAGGGUAUGAGGCGUCCCUCCACCGCCCCCCACAUGGAGAACCAGUUGCGCCGCGUGUACUCUCAGCACACCCCAGACGCCUCUGCUGCUCACUCUGCUGCUCACUCUGCUGCACCAUCCACCUCCUCGUCUCCAACUAAAGGCUCUAGUGCCGCCAAGGCAAGGCGCGUCCCAUGUCAAGAAGCAGAUUCCGUUGCUCCCGAGCGAGAGAAGCUCCGGAGGGUCAAGUCUCAGCAGCAUGGGGGGGAGGCGACCGAAGUGGUUCGCCGCAACACCACCGGCCACGGUGCUCCAGCCUCUGCUGUCCGCCUGCCCCGCUCGCUCACAGCCCACCAGCCCCGAGGCCGGUUUGAGGAACCACAGUGCACGGGCCAAAAGGCAGGUGUGGUUUCGGCCCGGUUACCACGUUCGCUCACUCAGCAGCCGUCGCAACCUCAAUUUGACGGCUCACACGCUGUCCCUGUAGGUGCUGUCCGUUCGAGAUCAUUUAAGUCCUCCCGUUCCGCAGAUGGCUCUGCCAAGCUCCGACGAGCCAAGUCCCAGCAGUCCAACCCUGAGGUGGUGGCACGGCGGCAGCAGCAGGAGGAGGAGGAGACGGAGGAGGAGGAAGCGGAGGACGAGCGAGGGGGUAGGACGGGAGUGGGUGGGAGUGCAUCUGAGGAGCUGUUUCGAAUGCUGGACUCGCUGGCCAAGGAGAGGCCUGAGGACCUGGCCAAGCUGCAACGCGUGGUGGCGCUUCAUCAGCAGCAGGUGGCAGGGCGAGAGGGGAGAGCGGGAGGAGGAGAGGAGAGCGAGGAAGAGGAGGGGGGUGAUGAUGAUGAUGUAAAUCCUGCUUCAAGCAGUGGCGUUGGUGCUGAUGUUGAUGCUCAUGCUGAUAUCUGGGUGAGGGCGCAUGAGGAGGAAGCAGCAGCAGCUGGGGCUGACUCCCACCCGAGGCACCAUGUGCUGGGCAGGGAGUACUUUGAUAUAGCAGCCUCGUUUGUGAUUAUAAAGAAGGAGGUGCUGGGGCAGGGCGAGCUGGGCGUGGUGAGGAGGUGCGUGGAAGUGGCGAGUGGGGAGCUGUACGCAUGCAAGACAGUGGAGAAGAAGGGGAUUCGCACCAGGGAGGAUGCGGGGGAUGUGAGGCGCAUGCUGGCCUGCCUGCAGGCGGCCAGAGGCCAUGGGAACGUGCUGACGCUCAAGGCUGUGUUUGAAGAUGCCGAGAACAUCCACAUCGUCACGGAGCUCUGCGCGGGCGGCGAGCUCUUCGAUCUGAUACGGCGCAACGGGCGGCAGAGCGAGGGCGUGUGUGCGUGGGUGUGCAGGGGAGUGGCGGCAGCGCUGCAGCACUGCCACCGGCAGGGCAUCAUGCACCGCGAUGUGAAGCCCGAGAACACCCUCCUGCUGCACGCACGCCCCAACUCCCCGGUCAAGCUCGCCGACUUUGGGAUUGCCACUGCGUUCAAGCAAGGUGUGCCCUUGAGUGAUAUGAUGGGCACGCGAGAGUACAUGGCACCAGAAGUUAUCAGCGGCUGCUACGGCCCCGAAGCCGACAUCUGGAGCGCCGGGGUCGUGCUUUACAUCAUGCUGUGCGGUGCACCGCCCUUCCGGCCCUCGGCCAAUCACAGCGUGACAGAUGUCAUCCUCAAGAAGUCCGUGUCGCUGCGCUCUGAGCGGUGGAAGGGGGUAUCGGAGGAGGCAAAGGACCUGGUGCUGCGCAUGCUGGAGAGAUGCCCUGCCAGGCGACUCACCGCCAGCCAAGUGCUAGCAUCCGUGGAUCCGAAAGUGGACGUGAAGGGGCAUGGAGGGGACAAGGUGUAA